UGGGCUCGGCGCGGCGCUGCAGGCUCCGGUCCCGGCUGCGUGCGCCAGUGCCUCCCCCCAGCGCCGCCGCUCCCCGCUUCGCCGCUGGCGCCGGGCUGCGAGGGGCAGAGGCAGAGGCAUGCCCAGGCGGAGCAUCGCGGAGGUGAAGGUGCUGGACGUGCAGAAGCGACGCAUCCCCAACAAGCACUAUGUGUACAUUAUCAAAGUCACCUGGUCCAAUGGGUCCACAGAAGUCAUAUACCGACGGUACAGCAAGUUCUUUGACCUGCAGAUGCAAAUGCUGGACAAGUUUCCGAUGGAAGGAGGGCAGAAGGACCCCAAGCAAAGGAUCAUCCCCUUUCUGCCAGGAAAGAUCCUCUUCCGCCGGAGUCACAUCCGCGAUGUUGCAGUCAAGCGCCUGAUACCUAUCGAUGAAUACUGCAAGGCUCUGAUCCAGCUGCCUCCCUACAUCUCCCAGUGCGAGGAGGUUCUCCAGUUCUUUGAGACACGACCUGAUGACUUGACGCCCCCCAAAGAGGAGCCCAUUGGAAAGAAGAGGUCUGGGUUUAUCCAGAGAACGGCCUCUUUUCUGCAGAGAGGAGCUGACUCUGCGUCGGUCGACCCCUUGGUGCUGGAGCAGUAUGUCGUGGUGGCGGACUACCAGAAGCAGGAGAGCUCCGAGAUCAGCUUGUGCGUGGGCCAGUUGGUGGAUAUCAUUGAGAAGAACGAAUCAGGCUGGUGGUUUGUGAGCACGUCGGAGGAGCAAGGCUGGGUGCCGGCAACCUGCCUGGAAGCCCAGGAUGGUGUCCAGGAUGAGUUCUCAAUGCAGCCUGAUGAAGUCCCGUGGAGAUACUGGUCUCUGCCCAGGCACGUUGGCCGCCGUCGGACUCUUGGGGACUUGUACACCAGUGGAUGGGGUCAAGAGGAGAAGUACACUGUUAUUUACCCAUACACUGCAAGAGACCAGGAUGAAAUGAACCUGGACAAAGGGGCUGUGGUGGAGGUGAUCCAGAAGAACCUGGAGGGCUGGUGGAAAAUCAGGUACCAGGGGCAAGAAGGCUGGGCCCCCGCCUCCUACCUCAAAAAGGGAAAUGGAGACAUGUUCUCACAGAAGCUGGGGUCAGGCUCCUCCGCUCAUUCGUGUGCCUUGGAUCUGGAUGGCGUCUCCCGGCAGCAGGUCGCGGCGAGCCGAGAGAAGGAUGGACUUGCUGGCCAAAGGGACGGGAGAUUCGACAGCCGUCCCCUGCCCAAUGCUGACAUCCGACGCAAAUCACCAAAGAUGAGGCAGAGACCCCCUCCUCGCCGAGAUCUCACCAUACCACGUGGUUUGAACCUGCCUAAACCUCCUGUCCCUCCUCAAGUGGAAGAGGAAUAUUACACCAUCGCUGACUUCCAGACCACCAUUCCUGAUGGGAUCAGCUUCCAGGCAGGAAUGAAAGUAGAGGUUAUUGAGAAGAACCUGAGCGGCUGGUGGUACAUUCAGAUUGACGAGAAGGAAGGCUGGGCCCCUGCCACGUUCAUCGAUAAGUACAAGAAAACCAGCAAUGCAUCCAGGCCGAAUUUCCUGGCUCCGCUACCCAACGAGAUGGCCCAGCUCCGGCUCGGUGACGCCGCGGCCGACGGCAGCGCCAGCGAGGAAGCGACGGGACCGUGCCGUCCUCUGCCGGAGGCUCCUCCGAACGGUACGGACUGCGGUGGGAAGUGGGCCAAAGACUGGAAGGGGAAGGAGGCUCCCGAGAGCGGGGACCCAGCCUUUGCCGGUGGCUACGAGGAGAUCUCGGACCGUGACACAGAGGAGAAGCCCAGCCUGCCACCCAGGAAGGAGUCCAUCAUUAAAUCAGAAGGCGAAUUACUGGAGAGGCAGAGGCCUCCCCCCAAGCCCCCAGGCAUGAUUUUGCCUAUGAUCCCACCCAAGCAGUCGGCGGCCCCGAAGGACAGCAAGAAGCCCGAUCUGAAACCGGAGAAGGGCAAACUCUUCCAGCUGAAAAACGAAAUGGGACUGGAAUGUGGACACAAGGUGUCAGCCAAGGAGGUGAAGAAACCAAACCUCCGGCCCAUUGUCAAGCCAACCAAGCCAAAAGCCGAGCCUGCAGAGGACAAGCCUGAGCCCAUAGCCCAGAAUCCAUUCUUGAAGUCAAGACCUCAGAUCAGGCCAAAACCCGCCGCAGCCCCCCGGACUGACCCACCUCCAGCUGAUGAUAAACUGGACAUUUGCAGCCUGCGGAGCAAGCUUAGACCUGCAAAGUGCCCAGAGAAACCCUCCGAGCAGGACCCCGCUGCUGGCGAAAACUCCAUCAGUAAUGCCGUGGUUUCUUCAGAGGCUUCUGGAAGGUUUCAGGAGCGACCCAACAUGGACACCAAACCCCUGCCCAAGCUGGACAGCCACGCCACGAAAGAGGCACUGCCCAAAUCUCCCCUGGGGCCAGCAAACACGCCGGGUACCAGGGAGCCCCCGCCGCAGCGCCCCAUUGUGCCACCUCGCAGACCACCCCCCCCCAAGAAAAUGGGGGGUCCUGCCUCUGGCCCCACAGCGGAGCUGAGGGCCCCGGCACGGGAAGUACCUGAAAUCAGGUCAUCCCCGGUGCCGGGGAGGCCCAUGCUGGUUCCUCCGAAAGCCAAGCCGUUCCUCUCUGCCUCCAUCCAAGACGAAGCCAAAGUGAAAAGCAGUGUAAGCCCAAAGGUCAUAUCCAAGCCAGUGGAGAGAGGGGAGACCAAGGAGAGGACCUCAGCCCCCGUCUCCAGUCCGGACGUCUCCAGGGAAGCUCUCUAUGUGGCAGUGGCGGAUUUUGAAGGCGACGAGGAGACCAACAGCUUUAAAGAAGGGACUUUGUUUGAAGUUCGUGAGAAGAACAGCAGUGGCUGGUGGUUUUGCAAGGUCCUGACUGGGAAUCCGUGCUGGGAGGGCUGGAUCCCUUCCAAUUACCUACGGAAGAAGCCAUAGCCGCUCCUCUGCUUGCAUGGCUGGAGGUUCCCUGGUCUCUCACCUGAGUAUUUAAUUAGCAGAUUAAUUUAUAGUUUUAUGUGAGGCUGGCUUUAAAAAACAAGAUAAUAAUUGAGAUCCCACACAUUCCAGUUGGUGCCCGUUGGCAGCAGCGUGGAGGAAGCAGCUCUGCCUCCCCUCCCCACCCGUGUGCUCCCAUCCAUCCUCCUCCUUGCAUACCCCCCCAGCACUGCGCUCCUGUGGCCAUACUGGCAGCCCAGCUGGGGCUGCUCUGGCCAAACUUCAUGGAAUACGAUGGCUACCAUGGUUCUCCAUGCUAGGGCGAGGGACCUUGAUUGACAUUUUUGCCACUUGUAUGGGAAGUUAAAAAGAAAUACGGCAGUAGCCAGGGAGAGAAGUGGAGCGUGGAACAGUACCAAUGAAGGAAAUCUGGCUGCACAAAAGGAUUUGCCUUUCCCUGAGGCUCAGGGUCACGGUCCAAUGUUGUAGGUCACGUUGCUUAGUCCAGAUGUGUAGCAGAGCCAUAGGGAACAUGGCAAAAAGGAGGAAUGAUUGCUGAGAACAGGGUCCCUGUAGCUCUGCGUGCAUGUGCAGGUAGAGGCAUUGUGCUCUGGUCAAGGGCUGUGCCUUGCUCCCCCCCCGUGCACGCCACGGGACCAUCCCUUGGUCUUCCCUGCUCUACAAUGACAAGUGUUAACUUCAACAUUCUCCUGGUGGAAACAAAAAUACAGAAAAAUACACACACACACACACACACGUCUAUAACAGGACCUCUCUGUGCUGAUCCAAGAUGCUAUGCAGGAUUCUCCCUUGCAGUAUUGCAACCAAACAACAAGAGGUAUUUUGCUUCGGUAGCUGAAGAAUACUAUGCAAGGCACAGAAGACCAAAAUGACCCCAAAAGCCCUGGAAAGAGGAUGCUUUGCUUUCCUUUCCCCCCAAACUGCCCUGCCUGUUGGACUAAUAGGGGACCACCCGUUCCCGUGACCCACAGAGCUUCCCUGGGCUGGUGGGCAGCAGCCAGGAGGUGGGUCCUUCAGUAGGUGCUGAUAUUAUCAAGUGCAAUCCAGAACGUGGGAGUUCAGCUCCUCAUCACAACCAGUUGCGAGGCUUGUCUGGUGCUCAGGGGCUCCCUGCCUUGUUUUUCACCCCAUCUGCCUGUCUUCCAGGUACUUUCAUUUCAUCCUGCAUGGUGGGCCGUUUGGGGGGCUUCAGGUCAAGCAGAGCCUGGGGUUUUUCCGUGCUGACAUUCCUGCCUGCCAAGCCUAAUCUUGCCCGCAGUGUUGCUUAUCCCAGCAGGAGGACGAGCGUGGAUGAGCUGUCAUUCCCCAGUGCUGCUUUCUUCCCUUCUGUAGUUGGCUACUUGCAGAUUCAGGGCUAAACUUCUCUCUCCGGAAGAGCUUUAAACCUGGCGCUUCUGUGGGUUUCUUGCUGACCAAACCCCUUUGCCCUUUCUAGUCUAAUUGCAAGUGCAAACACUGCAGCUGCAGCUCAGCAGCCACAUUGUUUUGCUGCUGG